AUGCUUGUAAAGAUCAAACCAGAAAGCACAAGAUCUAGGGCAAGAGAGGAGAGUGUGCUCCCGUCAGGCAACCCUCAGGCUCCAGGACUGUCAGCGGAAGCUGCAGCACGAAUUGCGAAUUCGCAACCCCGGAAAAUCUGUGAAAACCCGCCAGAUCAAGAGACUGCUGGGUUGAAGGUCUCUAUUCCGGAUCCAGAUUCGGUCGUGCCGCAAGCUCUGGACGCUAACAACGUCGGACCUAUCGAUAAGAUGGCUAAUGCAUCGGACGAUGUAGAAAUGGAGUCGCAUGAAGCAAACGAGUUGAUUUCUUCCUCGGAUGAUAAAAGUGUGCAUCAGCGACUGAAAGACGGUAUCCCCGAUGACCCUGGAUCUAUCGCUGAGUGCGAACAUAGGCAUUCAACAGGAACGGUUCUCGACGGAAACGAGGGUUUGAUAGCUUCAAAGUUUCACCACUCGAUCAACGCCAAGCUGGCACUCAUAGAAUCUCAGGUGCUUGAGGCUUUGUCAGCGGGCGAAGCAGGCCAGUACCGCGCUUCGAUCAAGAUUCAGUGGAACGUCUUGGGUUUCAUGAAUGACCAAUUCCGUGAGGAUGACUUUCCAAAUUCAGCUUUGAGUCCCGUUGUUACAAUAAGUGGGUCUGCACAGCACGCUCAAGCGACGACCUGCUCAGAUUAUAUACAACAAAACUGGCCUGCACAUGGUUCGAAAGUUCUGGAUGCCCUACAGGCUGCUUUGGAUAGCCCUUCCCACACGUCACAGUCUAAAAUUUGUGAUCGUAUUGAUGACGGAAAUAUUUCUAGAGACGGUGCACCCUCCAGUCAUGCUGAGCUUGAGUUCCAAGUCACUCGCGGUUCUAUGUCUCUCUACAUCACAUCCGGAAAUCCAGACAUCGUUGUGGACGUUGUCCAGCAGCUGGCAAGGAUGGGGGCCGCACUCCGAACGGCCGGACUUGGUCGAAUUGAAUAUUGUGAUUCAAAGCUGGAGGCAGUCCUGAGACCUAUGAUAUGGCUCUGA